AUCAUCAUCAUAAUAUUAUCAGUUGCUGACUCUGAAACAUCGACGCUCUGAACAUCUUACAAUUAUGGACUUAUCCACGAAAAUCAGUAUGAAUUUAGAAAACAUGAACGAAUUGACAGAAAGCCCACUUGAUUUAAGGCGGUUUCCGGCAACCUCAAAUGGAAGUUUUGGACAAGGAGCCGAAUUUAGAAAUCACCAACAAACAGGGAACGAGCUAUCAUCCGUAGCUGAUCGACAAUUAAAACGCCGACGAAAUUUUGAAAUGAAAUUCAUCAGAGAAGCAAAAAAACUAAAACUGGACGAAACUAUAACACCAGUGCAAAAAGAGACACCGCGACCUAUAGUAGUAAUACCAAAGGUACAGACACCACCAAACAUUAACAUCCUUGAUAGCCUUGUGCAACUACUACUAACUAUGAGCAAAGCGCCGGUGUCCACUAACCUUAAAUCAGUAUUACCCUAUCCAAUGAGUAUCGACAUAGUUGAGAACUCUUAUAGAAAAAUACCAGCUAUUAAAAAGGAGCCAGCAUUUAAAGACGAUUUAGUCACAUCGAAUACCUUAACAACAGGGAACUCGCUAAUCGAGACAUCAUCGUCUUCGUUAUUACAACCAGUGCUCGUUAGAACCCAUAACCCACAUAUCAGUGAGGGCAUCAAUAUUAAGCAGGAACCGACCGAUCAGGAAAACAUAUCUCCCAGUGCAGCAAAUGAGGAGUCGUCUGAUGUCCAAAUAGGACCACAUGGCACACGCGUAUCCAAAGUGGAUUUGAUUAAAAUAAAUGUGACGGAAGCGUCAAUUGCUACGCGGCAGCUUAUGAGCUUUAUCUUCGACCGUCAAACUCUUGCGACCCACACACUCAGUGGCAAACCCUCGCCAGCAUUUCUGAACCGUAACCGAAGGUGAAUAGAUACUGAAGGUAUGAUGCAAUAUAUUAUCUUAGUCGUAGAAGCUGAAUGCAAUCAUGAUGAAGUGUAGGAUACAAAGCCAUAAGUCAUGAGCAUCAAAGCUAAUUUAAAUAAAUUAUUGUAGUACUUUAAAUGUAUAUAUACAUACGAUGUGUUGUUGAUUAAUAAAAAUAACAAUUUGUAAAAAUAAAAUAUUGCUUC